AUGCUUUUAUGCUCCACCGUUCAAACUACUCCUUAUGAACCGCUUAGUCCUCAUGGACGUCAAAAAGUUUUUGAUUCUAUUUUGAAACACCAGCAAAAUUCAAUUAAUGGGCACCCAACAAUUUACGAGAAUUAUUCACAACAACAACAAGAACAUUACAAUAAACUGUCUCCACUUUCUGAAAAUUUAAUUCAUCGUUUUAACGAAGCAGCAGCAUCAUCAAGUCACCAAACUAAUAAAUUAAAAAGUAAAAUUAAAUAG